AUGUUUAAUCCUGAAGUGCAACGAGCACUGGACGGAACGUCGAAAGGAACAGAUGACCGCGACCGACGUACAAUUUCAUUUAUUGUGAAUUAUUUAAUAACUUUAAUAUUCUUUUGUAUAUUAUCAACUGAUCGAAUAUUUAUACUGAUGGCAAAAAUUGGUAAAGGUGUGCAAAUUCCACUCUCAUGGAUUCCUCAAAACGGUGGAAAAUGUCCAAAGAAUGCCAUUAGUGUAGAUGAUGGUGUUUACAUUGGUCGAUGUAAGUAUGGAAGUGAAUUUAUUCCUGGGAAAUUUACAUCUGCAAACGGGAAAUGUUACUGCUCAUACGGAGGUAAUGAAUUUGAGUUCGUAGAAUGUGAAUUGUUGUGUGACACUUCAAUAGACAACAAUACUAAAGGAUACGAAUGGGUAAAAUCCAGUGGUGGUGAAUAUCCAAAAAAUGCAAUUGUAGCUGGAAUAGCGGCCGAUGGGAAACCUCUUAUUAUUGCACGAGGAUGUGUUGAAGGAUACAUGUGUGUUGGAAAAGUACAUGAUGGUCACAAGUUCGCCUAUAUGCCAUGGGGUGGAAUAGAGAAUUCAGUGGCUGAUUAUGAAGUACUUGUAUGGAAAAAGAAAUAAAUGUUAUCUGUUUGCCAAAGAAUGUUGUUUCAUAACGGAAGGACUUUCUCUUGAUGUUCACUUAGCCUAUACACCCACUAAAAAUGGAUUUAUUUAUAAAUGUUAAAUAUGUUACUGUAAUACAUAUCACUUUGCAUUCAGUGUUGAAUAAUACAAAAGUAUUGUAUGGGUG